AUGCAAAUAUGGCGAUCGAAUAAUACCCCCGCGGGUGAACAACCCAUCGCUCACGCGCGUACCUACAUCGAACGAUUGAACUCGAUCCUCAGUGACGAAUCCCGAGGACCGGCUCCCCAUCCCUGUGUAGCAUAUGCUGCGUCUUCACAGAUCUUCGUGACCGUCACCAAACUUGCUCUCUCCUACUACGAUGAGCAAUUGCUUCGUUCCGCCACGGUAUUCUUCAACACCCUGAUUGAUGCAGAGGUAGACGGCGUGGUUGAUAACCGGCUCUUUGCCCGUGCAAUGGUAGAUCUGGUUCGGCGAGCAGACAAGGGCUCAGAUGAGACUGAAGGGAGAUUAGUGGAGCUGCUAUUCGGUAUUGCCAACAACAUCCGUCUACAGCCCACCAUUCUGCCAGCGUGGUUCGUGCCUCGAGUGACCCCAGUCAGCCAGGACGGGGACUCAGGUGCGGCCCCUGGGGCGGAAUUUGCGGGUGCUACGCGUAAAGACGAGUUCCCAUUAUUCUACCUUCUGGUCGACUACGUACAUAAUGAGGGCCGGGCGGGUGACUUUGCACGAACUGGUCUCCUAUACUUGAUCGAGACGGCGUCGCGGUCAAAGAACUUGGAGAAAUGGUUAAUUGAAAGUGAUCUGGCUACACUGAUGGCUACGGGUCUAGGUGCAUUGUACAGCCAAUUGGGAAGUCUGUGCUUCCCCUCCAUUGAUGAGGAGACUCCCCGUAUAAUCGCACUUUCCGAUCAUGCCGACGAGAUAACGGCCCUUAAACCCGCUUUGGGGGAAGCUAUGGAUGCUUUCAUGUCAUAUCUCCUGUUCUGGCAAGACACAAUCGACCACUGCAAAUCUGCGGAGGUCAACGAUACCCUUCUGGAUCAUUUCCAGGUUCUUUUCCUUGAGCAACUAUUAUACCCAUCUUUAUUAGAAUCCUCCGACGUGGCUGGUGGUUCAACGGCGGCUGUAUUGACCUACCUGUGCCGCAUUCUGGAUUCCAUCGACCAAGGUGAAUUAGUCCACCGGAUCCUGCAUUUUCUUUUGGCUUCAUCGCCACCACCGGAAAAGCAAAUGGAUAUGUCGGCCAGUCGGCGAAAAUCGCUCACUGUGCUGGCUGCGUUGGCCUCCGAGGUGGCACAACCUUCUCCAUCUCUUUUCAACUUGCGUGAUCUUGCGCUUCUAGGACUUCAGUCCACCAACCGCCAAACCGUGUUAGCCACACUGCGUCUCUUGAAUGUCAUUCUUCAACGCCAUCAUCCAUUUGCCCGGGCACUUAUUCAUACGGUCCCUGGUCUGCCAACCCAACAGCGCUCCGUUGGUGCAUUUAAUGCGGAGCUAGAACAACUCCUCGCAAUGGGAAAAUCUCUGAUCAAUGAGCCGACCCUGAACGAGUCUUAUGAUAAUUAUGUCGCGGAUGCAACUUGGGUACUUGAGUCUCGCCUUUGUCUCCCCGUCUCCGUGGAACAGGACGAGGAUUCAAUCCCUCUGCCUCUCCAGCUCCAGCAAGAUGAUCCGAUCGUACAGGCUCUACUGAGCUGUGUUGAUUCCUUCUUCAGCAACAGUGUCAUCGUCAACCUGGCACUCACUGGAGUUCUCAUGAGUCUGGCCUCGUCUCAUCUGUUCUCCCUGGAUGGAUGGGUACUGGUCGACCCGGCUCAAUACGACUCUUCUGAGGAGUCUUCGGACGAACUCUCUCAUGUUCGUCAAGCCUAUCAGUCGCCGACAUGGCCUGAUACAGCUAAUCCCACAUUGACUUCAGCCUUCAAAAAGCUGGUAGAUCAGGUGCACCAGUGGCAGCAAGAUCUACCGGACUUUGAUGUCCUGGUUGCUGCUCGCCGUGACCUGCUUCACCGUGAGGACCGUCCACAGACUCCGACACGUCCUUUGGAGUCUUCUGAGACCCCGGCUCCAUUGUCCGCCGAUCGUUCGCGUCCCUCAUACCCUGGAUCUCCAGAUCAAUCAGUUCCUGGCUCACGUGGUCGAUCCCCUCAGUCAGUGAACACCUCAGGAAUGCAGCCUAGCCUAAUGCGGGGUGAACCAUCUGGGCGUCCAAUUGACUCUCGGGGCUCCUCGGUUUCCCGUGCCUCCGCGGCGGAAGCUCUCCGCCAGCGGCUAGCCAUGCCAUUUCCACCCCCGACACCCGGACCUCCUGCAACGGAAACUGUGGAGACAAGUUCCGAGCAGGACGCCGAUCAUGAAGCACGGCCAACUGUUACUCUAGGUCACGUUCUCACCAAUGUGGUAAUUCUUUAUGAAUUUUUACUUGAGUUAUCUGCGGUAGUGCAGGCACGGGGAAGCCUUUUUGAAGAGGCUGGAUAUACUUAA